UUAUUUUUUGUCAAAAGGGUACCAAAAAUUGGUAAAAUAAAGUAAUUAAAAUUUGUAUUUUAGUUUGAGGAGCUCUGCUCCUAAUCCCCCUAUUGACUGAGCGCCUGAGUCUGUCGCCUGAGUUCUGCCGCCGGUCGCCAAUUGCUCAAGUGAAUCAGGCACUUCUUGCAAAAUCAGAGAAGUUGAAAUAAAGUUUGUUCUGCAACACUCCUUGGAGCAAUUGGCAAACCAAACUUUCAUUUCAUCUACACAAGAGGCGCGUGAACAAAAAUUUCCCGAAUAGUUCCUGACGAGGAUGCAAUGCGCUCUUACGCCGCCGGCAUCCAAUCUUCCGGCACCGCUGAGCCCCGCAUCAUUAUCAUCCACUUCAGGUAGCAAGCAAUCGCCUUUCCAAUUCAAACCCAGAAACCCAUCCUGCUGUUGCUCCUCAAGUUCCAAGGUUUUGCAGAAGACUAUUACUUUACCUCACCAUGUCACGUCCAUCUCAAGCACUUCAAACCCAUUUGUGAAGCACUGUUAUAAACUUCUCACGAGUUCCUCUUAUCGCCUCCUCCAUGGCGUAGUUGUCGUGGUUGGCUCUACUCCCAUCCGGGAAAUAUGCAGAUUUCAAGAAAAAGUGCUAGGGAGGCAUAUCAAAAUAGAAUGCUUACUUGUACUUGAUGAUACUCAAAUCGCUGAAGAGAUAGCUUUUUGUUCUGCCCGGGUUGUUUGUGUCAACUCAACGGUGAUGAAAAAACUCUCGGGUGUGCAAUCAAUUGAUUCUAUCAGGAUGAUUGCUCUAUUCAGGAUUCCCUCAAGUUUUUGCAAUGUUGGUGAUGACUGUAGAAAGGAAGAUUGUAGUACAUGGUUUCCCUUUGCACAUCGAAUUCUUGUUCUUGAUGGUAUUCAGGAUCCAGGAAAUCUUGGCACACUGCUUAGAUCAGCGCUGGCAUUUAAAUGGGAUGGUGUGUUUCUGCUUCCUGGAUGCUGUGAUCCAUUUAAUGAGAAAGCACUCCGAGCUAGCCGGGGAGCUUGCUUUCAGCUUCCUGUACUUUCUGGUGGUUGGAUGCAAUUGCAGAAGCUUUCAGAAAACUUCAAGAUGAAGAUGCUAGCUGGGCAUCCUGCAAAUGAUGGAAGGUCAAAAACGGCAGCUCGACUUGAUCAAGGCUUUGCCAAUUCUUUGGCCCAUCAGCCGUUGUGUCUGGUUUUGGGAAGUGAAGGGAGCGGCCUUUCAGAGAAAUCCAGGGAAGUCUGUGAGCUUGUUAGCAUUCCAAUGUCGGGCGAGUUUGAGUCUCUUAACGCUUCAGUUGCAGGUGGAAUAUUUUUGUACAUGUUACAACCCGAGACUCGAUUGCUGUAAAUUUCAAUGUCCAAUUGUCAUUGUUCAUUACUUGUUUUUUUGUUGAAGAUGUUCCGCUUUUGUUCCCACCAGCUUUUGGCCAUUCCGUUUUUCUAAUCAUUGGUUUUCAUUCUUUCUAUUUUUGCUGCACGACUGUGAAUUUCUUGUCUCAUAAGAGAUGAGAAAAACCAGAAAUGUCUUGAUAUUCAUAGUUGUGUGCGUGGGAGAAAUGAAAGUCUGCUACCAAAUGUUGAAAUCAUUGAAUAAUGGUCUUGAACAAAAAGGGAAAUAUCUU